GGAUUGCUAUCUUUGUGACAGCUUUUCCGCUUGGCAGGCUGUGUCUGAGCCGGGGAACUGGACUGGACUGUGGUGUUUCGUGGAGGAGGUGGGAGAGGAGGUGGAGGAGCAGGAGGGAGAACUGAGGGGCAGGCUGGACAGAUGGAGGAUGGCACCCAACACCUGGGACACUGCAUGGUUGACAUGAAGGAGCUGAGCGCCAACCCUGAAGGACUGACUGCUGCCGGUGUUAUUCUAACACCCAAGCUGCCUCAGGUGGAGUUCAGCCUAGCCUGUAAUGAUCUGGUGUCCUCAGGCAGAGACAGGAAGCCCAAUGCUUUGGUCCAGGUGGCUGUCAUAGAUCCCCACAAGCAGCACCUCGUCACUCACGCCUGCACAGAGAUAGUGGAGGCGAACAAAGACCCACUAUUUCUGACGGGGGUGACCUUCCCUUCAGAGUAUCCUGCUAGCCCAGAGACACUAGUCAAGCUAACUGUGUAUGAUGCAAAGGACAAGAGCCAGGAAUCAAGCAGCUUCCUCGGUAGUGCAACAUUUUCAGUCGGUGAUCUGCUGAGGGCUAAGGAUGAACGACUGACCUUGAGUCUCAGGUCAUCUGAUGGUGUGUGUGCAGCAGGAACAGUGGUGGUGAGCCGUCUGAAGAUGGGGGAGAUGGAGGAGGUUGACGUAGACCACAUCACCACCGACAUACCGUCACAGAAGUGUCCCUUGGUUUGUGAGUCUGCCUCCCAUGCCUGCAUUGACAGAGAAAACAACCCGCUGACAGGGCCAGUAUUCAAGAACCCAAUAUGUAAGGUGUACCGAUUUCAAACAAUGGACAGCAAGUGGAUGCUUGUGCGGGAACAAAUGGAGGAGUGCACAUUGUCCUUUAGCAUCCCCAAACAGCUGCUCUCACUGUACAUUCAGGAGGACAUGAGUAGGGUGCAGGAUCUGAGGGACCUGGGGGAGCUUUCUCCUCACUGGGACAACUUAAGGAAGGAGGUGAUGACACGAUAUGGAGGAAUAAUCAGCUCCUACCAAGAGACUUUGGCUGAACUGGACAAGAUUACUGGUCGGUCAUUCAAGCCAAGCUGCUGCAAAGCCCAGAAAUCUCUGGAGUUCAUCCCAAUAAACUUGCACACCCAGAGGAUGAGGGUGACGUGCCCCAGAAAAACAGAUGCAUUCUAUGAUAUUGUCACUGUCGGUGCCCCUGCAGCCCACUUCCAGGGCUUCAAAUGUGGUGGUCUGCAGCGUCUCCUCAGCAGAUACGAGGCAGAAAAAAAGAGCUUCAGCACUGCCUACCAGUGUAUCUACUACUCUCCAGAGCACACAGCCAAAGCUCAGGAGGUACUCAGCACCGUGAGCCUCCUCCAGCCCCUCAUCACAAGCUUAGCGGACCAGCUCCUCCAGGCAGCCCAGGAGCACUCUUCAACUGGACUGAAGGAUGCACUCAAGAACCUUUCUGACAAGACAGAACAAUUUGUUCACACACUUAAGGAUGAAUUGGUCAAGAGUGCACUGCUAGCACUGCACGCAGCACAGCCUGGGUACGUCUCCAAGAACCAGAAGCAAACCCCUGUGCAGGCAGGCCAACAUCAAGGCCACAUUCACCAGCGCACUGACCAGAAUCAGAGUCCAGUCCAGGGACUUCCAGGCCACAGUCCAGCCUCAUCAAUCACUGAGAGCACGGUGAUGUGUAAUAAUGUGGAAGGAUCACAAACCACAACCAGAGGAGAAGGUGGGACUCUCAAACACCAGGACUCCAUACCGCACCAUAAAGAGUAUGAUGAGGAGGAAUGGGACAGGGUGUGGGCCAACGUGGCCAAAUGUCUCAACUGUGUAAUCGCCAUGGUGGAUAAACUCCAGGAGGAGGACAACAGCAAACAGGAGCCAGUCCCUGAGCAGCAGCAGCUAGCUGAUGUCAUCACCUCACACAACCCUGGUGACUGGAGGGAGCAGCUGUGUCCUCUGGUGACCAGAUUAAAGGAGUGUGUGAUGGAAGUUGUGGAAAAGGCUAAGAAAGCCAUGACUUUCGUUCUACUGCAGGAGGCAGCCUGCAGCAUACCACAGGGCUUCCUCCUCCAACAGAGGCGAGAUGUGGUCUUCAGUCAGGCACUGGCAGCCCUAGCCUGUGGUUUCGUAAUGAGGCUGUAUGCAGGAAUGCAGGACAAAGGAUUCCUGAGGCAGCUCCACCUGGUUGGCCUAAUAGCCCAGUUUGAGAGCCUACUCAGCACCUACAGUGAAGAGAUUGGGAUGCUGGAGGACAUGGAGGUUGGAAUUUCAGACCUGCAGAGAGUCGCGUUCAAGAUCACAGAGGCCAAAACAGAUGACCUCAGCGACCUCCAGCCUUUAGUGUGUGGCCGACGAGACCACUUCACUGUAGAAGUGCCAUUACCAAGACCGGUUUUCCAGACCUUGCCAGAGGAGAUCAAGGAGGGCAAGCCUCUACGAGUAUUCCCGGUGCUGUUUAACGUGGGCAUCAAUGAACAGCAAACUAUAGCAGAGAGGUUUGGCGAUAUCUCCCUACAAGAAAGAAUAAACCAGAAGAACUUCGAGAUGUUAGAAGCCUAUUACAAAUCAUUAAGUGAAAAGGUGCCACUAGAAUGUCUACCAUGUUUUCAAACGCAGACUGACAUAAAGGAAUUACUUGAAACCCUGGGCCAGAAUGUAGUCACAAAGAAGAGAAAGAAUGUGGAGAUACUAUGGAUUGCUGGAACGAUCUGCCGAAGGUUAAAUGGCAUCAGGUUCACCAGCUGUAAAAGUGCCAAAGACCGGACAUCCAUGUCUGUCACAUUAGAGCAGUGUGCCAUCCUACGUGACGAACACCAGCUCAGCAAGGAUUUCUUCAUCCGUGCUCUGGACUGUAUGCGGAGUCGGCUGACCCAGGGGGACCUCGGGCAGUGGGAGGACCCUGAGGCUGGCGCCGUGACAGAGAACAAACCAGCGUCACGACACUUUUACCCCAUUGCCCUGCUGCUUGUUAGCUCCCACUUACUGGUUGUGUGGCUCAUUUUAAGUCUUGUUUUUCUGCUUGCAAAGUAUCAAUAAAUUGCUGACAAUGCCAUCUCUACUCACUUCUUUUUUCUGUGUUUGCUGGUUGUUCUUUAAUGAGCGCGGGUAGCCAGGUUUUCUCGUGGUAGGGUAGUUGCAGUUGCUAUAGGGCGUUAAUCCCUGUGUAGUUGCUGAGGAUUGGGAGCAGUUUAUUUCAGAUAGAUUGUAUUAAGUAACAUAACUGGCAAGUAAAGUUUACCUCUGUCAGAUUUACCAGGACUCUUCUCUGAUAAAUUGUUAAUUGUUAAUAUCUGACUAAUAUUAAAUUUCCUAAAACUAACAUUAAUAUUAAGUUCAAACUAACUGAAAACAAAAUAUACUUUAAGUUAUAACUAUCAUAAUACACUAAUUAUACUUACUUGUACAUUAAUCAGACACAUCCGUUUUCAGUCAAGUAUUUAGGAUUGACUCAAACAUUAGUGCCCAUUCAUUUCAUCAUAAUGAAAAAACACGUCACCCAUUGCAGCAGUGUGAAUCACUGAUGUGUUUUUUGGGGCACCAUUUGGGCUUUAUAGCCAAGAGAAAUAAAUGAUACACAAUUUAGAUACACGAACCUUUAAGAAGAAUAUAGAACAUUAACUUGGAAUAUCAUGAAACAGCCGAGUGAACUAACAGAAGCUGUAUGUGAAACGGAUGAGUAAAGAUUUUUUUAGAGUAUUAUAUUGCUCAAAAGGGUGGCACAUAAUAGACAUACUCAUGUUCACAUUUGAUUAGAUAUAGGUACUAUACUGAAAUUUGCAAAUGGAUGAGCUUUGCAAGAGUUGAUCAUAAGUUCAUCAUGUUUUGCAGUACAGCUGAAAUGUAAAUACAUCACUGUAGAGUUUUCUCAGCAUGCCUAAAUCAGCUAAUGUAUUGUCAGUUGAAGAGGAGUGACCCACCUCUGGUAGACCUCUUUAGACCUUUGGUGCUUUUCAGUCUCUCAGGGGCAGAUAUUUCUUCUCUGUCUUUCUUAAUUUUUUUCUGUUUCUCUAAUUCUUUACUGGUCCAUCACAACACUACAGUAUUCUCUGUGUGUGAGUGUAGCUCUUUGCAGAUCUUCAUCUACAGUGAUGAGGAAAGUUCAAAACUACAACUCAAGAAAACACAAGCAAAUAAUGAAACCAGCUUCACCACUGUAACAACACAUACCGUAGGCUCCAGGUCCUCAGCCUGACAUCUAUCCACUGACUAGUCCAGUAGGUUAUAAUCAGCGCCUGGUUUCCUCCAUACACAUUACUGGGAAUUAUGACCAAAUACUUCAAUCUUCAGUCCCUUAGACUAGAGGAUCUUGUUUGUCAUGGUGUCGCUCAGGUCCCUUUUGGGCUGUUGUGUGCCUUUUAGGGAGGAAUGGCUUCCAUCUGGCCACUCUGAGACCUAAUUGGUGGAGUGCUGCACUGGAGGUUGUACAGUUUUUGUACAGUUCACUCAUCUCCACAAAGAAACUUUUCAUAGACCAUAGAUCUAUGAAUAUUGGCUUUUUGUUAUCUGUCUGACUAAGGCCCUUCAUCCCAGAUUAUUCAGUUUGGCUGAAUAAUUCCCAUAAUUCUGAUGGUCCCACUUCUUACAGCUUUACACUAUGUCCAACAAUUUUAAUCAGUCAUAUGAGUUGAUUUGUGUCAAAGGUAGUUGUGGUGGACGUGUUAUAAAUGGAUUGCCUUUGAGGUGUGUGUUUUAAGUGUUGGGCACAGGUUUUAUUGUUUUGGAUCCAGCACACUGGAUUUCCGGCACUGUUCAUCUGAUGUGAAUGAAAGUUAUUACUCAAACAAAUACAAACAAAUACUACUAAGAUUAGCAAGUAGCUGUUGUAACCCUGUUCACCUGGAGGCAUUUCUAGUAGAACAGAUAGAGGCUCACUUCCUUUUUCAAGUACAUAUCAGUUAUACUUGAGGAUAACACUCUCCUGUCAUGUGUCUGGAAAUCUAACCCUCUGGCUUUUGUCCCACACCACAUUACGCUUUCAAACAGAAACAUAAUCUUUGAUAUAUGACUGAAGCAUUAGCAGACAUGAGUUAGUACAGAGGCAAAGCACUUAAAGGUACUAAAACCUGAAUAAAUGAGCCAGGUCUUGGCUGAAAGGCAAUUUUUUAUAUUGUACCAAAGUGUUAUAAUCUAAAUCUAAAGGAGUACUUUUUAAAGUAUAAAAUGGUCUGAAGGUCUUUACUCGCACAAUCUUCCGAAACAUAAAAUCGUCAAACAGGAAAGUUUGUGACUGUUCAGCUGAACUGUGCUAAAAUACAACUUUUUUGGCCAAUUAAUGAGUCUGACUUAGGUGUUUGUUUGCAGGUCUAAAUGAAUGUGUAAUUUGUAAAUUUCCCCAUUGUGGGACUAAUAAAGCAUUAUCUUAUCUUAUCUUAUCUUAUGUGCCAGUAUUAACCUGUAGGUAAAGAUGGCAACAGUUGAGCUUCAACUAACGAGCUUGGAGCAAAGUUUUUUUGUGUAACCACCAAGAACAACCUGGAAAAAAGAAUGUUUAGCUUCUCAGUGAGAACCAUUUAAAUAUUAUUUUAAAUUUGUAUGAUAUUUGCAUGAGUCGAGAAGUCCAAAUCAACUAAUGCUAGGAAGAGGAAAGAUGACAUAGAAAGCCUGGAUGGGAAGAAGUCUCAGGUAAGACUGAGGGAGUGAGCAAAAAACGAGCGAGGGUGCACUUUGACAGAGAGGAGAGAGUAUUCUUUUAUUUUGAAAGUAAAAGGAAAGGUCUGACAGGAUGACCUUUCACUUCUAGAUCCUCUUUCCUGAUUUUUUUUCUCUUUUCUUUGAGAACACUGUCUUGUUUACCUCGAUAAUAUCAAGUUUGUUGUUGCAAUGAAUAUGAUUCUGCUCUAAAGGUCUGUGCUGCAGGUCAGAACACACCAAGAGUGUAAGCAAAUAUGUCGCAGGUUGUUUUCAACCACAUUCCCUGAUCUUCACCAGCAGAUUAAUGUUACCCAACAGUCACAGAGUUGGUAGAUGUUGGUAGAAAUUUGUAUUUUUUUUUUU